AUUCACUCGGUGGCAAAAAAAGAAAUGUGCGAUUGUGACAUCUGCCUCCAACAUGUGAUCGAAACCACCGGCAGUCACGCCGUCUUUCCCAGAGAGGCAGAAAUUCUACGCACAGUAAUAAGCAGUAACCGUUGCUUUUGGGAGAGAAGGAGUGUUGCCGUGUGUGCGUGCGUGUGUGCGUGCGGCGUGCGGUCAUGGUGUGGUGUGUGAGCCGUGUGAGUGGGCUCCUCGCAAUGGUUCCACGGUUUCAGCUUGUUGCUGCGUUAUUCCAUCCUUUUAAACGCUUGUGAACCUCCUGGGAAGUAAUGUAGCCGAUGCUCCGAAACGCCCGAUACAAAAAGAGCAACGAUUUUUGUGCUUCCGACCCUGGUCCGUGCUCCAGACACGAACUGAAGAAGGAUGGAGAUACGGGCAGUGCUACGGAUUUACAUGCGUGCGUGUAAAGGGCCGAUGUGCUGAAGCGCCGGCAUGGACGAGGCGUUCUUGACGGACCUGCUCGAGUGCUCGGUCUGCCUGGAGCAGCUGGACAGCACGAGCAAGGUGCUGCCCUGCCAGCACACCUUCUGCAAGAGAUGCCUCGACGAGAUCGUCCACUCCCACAAGGAACUGCGCUGUCCCGAAUGCAGGAUCCUGGUGGAGGCUCGAGUGGAGGACCUACCCCUCAACAUCCUGCUCGUUCGUCUGCUCGAGGGCAUCAAGAACAACCCGCGGCUGGGCAGCAGGUGUCCCCCUGGGAAUGUGUCCAUGCUGGGGAGCACCCUGAUUGGCCGAGAAGCCAGGCCCUCCCCCCAGGCCCCGCCCCCUUCCUCCAACCAGCCCUCUUCGGCAGGACCCGUCAGCCGGGGAGGGGAGGUCACCCUGGGAGUGCGCACGCUCGUCAAGCAACUGGUUCCUCAGAUGCCCUGCGCCAAGGCGCUCUACGCAUACGACGCCAAGGACCCAGGGGACCUGAGCUUCCGCAAGGGGGACCUGAUAGUGCUGCACAAGCGAGUGGACCAGCACUGGCUCCACGGGGAGCUCCAGGGCAAGCAGGGCUUCGUGCCGGCCAGCUACGUGCAGGUGGUGGUGCCACUGCCCUCCCACCUGCCGCAGUGCAAGGCACUGUACGACUUCCGCAUGGCGGACUCCGACGAGAAGGACUGCCUCGCCUUCCUCAAGGGCGACGUCAUCACCGUAAUCCGAAGGGUGGACGAAAACUGGGCAGAAGGAAAGCUGGGCGAGCGCAUCGGCAUCUUCCCCAUCUCCUUCGUCGAAAUGAAUGUGGCUGGGAAGGCACUGAUGAAGCUCUCAAACAACGUUCAAGUCGGUCCUUCGAGAAUUGCGCCCCCCACGCCAAACUCGGAGGCUCCCAACCAGCCGGUGAUCUCGGCCAGCGGCGCACCUUCGGCUGGAGAGUCGCAAUCGAGCACGACGUCUCCCGCGUCGUCCUCGCCAAGCCCCGGCACGCCGCCGUCGUCUUCGCCACCCGCACCGGCAAGCCAGCUGGCCGGGAGGGAGAAGCGCCACUCGCUCUCGGCACUGGGCUCCUCCUCGUGUGGCGGGGGCCGCUCCCCUCCCGCGCCCCACCGCCACUCCAUGGAAGUGCUCAGCUCCGGCUCAGAGCCCGAACCCCACGGGGCCAAUGGGAACCCCCAGGGGUCGGCAUCGUCGCCCAGUCGGAUACCCACACCCUCCGCCAAGGUUCCGGUGGAAGUGCCGGGGCGGGUGGUGCGACGCCACAGCGGGCGGCGUGAGCGCGAGCACGCGUCUUCGGCCGGACAUUCGGCGACCGAGCAGUGUUCGGCCUUGCUGGUCGCUGGCACCACCCAACAGCCGCAGCAGCAACCGCAGCAGCAGCAGCAACAACAGCAACAGCAACAACCGACCCCACAGGCAGCCAUCUCCUCCUUCUAUGUGGCCCUGUACAACUACAAGCCGCAGAAGGAGGAUGAGCUGGAGCUGCGCAAGAACGAACUCUACUCUGUCACGGAGAAGUGCCAGGACGGCUGGUUCAAGGGCACCUCGCUCAGGACGGGCCUCUCGGGGGUCUUCCCGGGCAACUACGUCCAGCCCGCCAAAUCGAACGCCACCGGCUUCCACGUCGGCUUGGUGGGCCUUCAGCAACAGCAGCCAGCGACACGCAUCCCUGCACCGACCUCCCCCCGGCCGCGCUGCGGCAUGGUGGCCCAGCCCGUGGUGGCGCCCGUGCCCUUCCCGACGGUGGCGGUGGGACAGCAGCAGGGGCAGGCACCGCCACUCGGCGAGUGGGCACUGGCCACGCCGUCUCCGCAGAGGAUGCCGCCGUCCACGACGCCCAGCCCCAUGGGACACAAACCUCCCAUGCAGCAACUGGGCGUGGCCAAGGCAGUCCCCGUGACGACCUCGACCGCCGGCCCGCCGGGCCCGCACGUCCCGUCCCAGCGGGGAGGGGCGGGGCCCUGGCUCCUGGCCUGGCCCCCGCAGGGCGGCCCUUACGGGGGCCACGCCCCCUGGGUGCCGUCCUCCGCCUGCGCCGCCACUCCCACCCGGUCCCCUCCCCGCCAGGCCACGCCCCCGACUGCCGCGACCCCUUCGUCCGGGGCCGCGCCCCCCGGCGGUGGCGUGACGGUCGCAGGCAGCCAGGGGGGCGUGUCUCCGGGAUGCUCCUCCUCCACCCCGACUGCCCUGCCUUCGUCUGCAGCCAUGCUGCACAUGGAGAAGCAGAAGGAGCGCAGGGAGAAAGACAAGAUGAGCCUGAUGAAGCGCCUGACGAGCAAGCGACGCUCCCGGUCCCCGCCUCCCCCCAACUUCUCCUGCGACAACCCGAGCUUCGUGGACAGCUCCUCGGCCGCCGGUUCAGGGCCGUCUCAGCAGCCUUCCAACGCCGCUGCUGCGACCAUGCCCGUCGUGCACAUCAGGUCCGGUUCGUGCCCUAGCGAGGCGCUCGGGACUCAGCAAGCGCUGCACAAGAAGACGAGUUCCCUGGACGGCAGCGACAGCCUCAAGACUAGGCCCAAGCAGCCCGCGCCCCUCGUCAGGGAACGAUUCCGCUGCAUCGUGCCUUAUCCGCCCAACAGCGAGUACGAACUGGAGCUGAAGCAGGGCGACGUGGUGUACGUCCACAAGAAGCGGGAGGACGGCUGGUUCAAGGGGACCCUGCAGCGCACGGGCAAGACGGGCCUCUUCCCCGGCAGCUUCGUCCAGGGCUUCUGAAGCGCCCUGAAACGCUUUUCUUGCCUGUUGGCGGGAAUCCGAACGGCGCCAGCAAUGCAGAUGACCACUCCAGUCCGCGAACAAAGUGGCACGUACGCCUCAAUCAAGGACGUACGCCCCAAUCGAGGCGUACGUCGAAGGUGUUGGUUACGAAACCGAAAAGCUCCAUUGCAUCGAGAAAUAUCCGAAAUCAGUUUGUCCAUUCGUCUGCCAUUAAGCACUCAAUCUACCGUAAAUUACUUUAUUUUUGCGGGCUCAAUAUUUUGUGAGUUUAGCCUAGUGGGUUUUGGAAAUAUUUCUCAAACACAAAAUUUCUCAGUUUGGAGUGAUAUUCCUUACCACUGGGUCAUUUAUUUGCGCCAUCAGUUUUUCGCGAUCAUCUUUAGGUCGCAAAAUUCGCCAAAAUUAAAUCGUUUACAGUAUUUAUUUUUGCCGGCUGCUUCAACUCUUCAUCUUUAGAGACUGGAAUUUGAGGAGAGGCAGUUAUCAGAGAUUUUGGGAAGAGAAACACAAAUGUGGUCACAAUUUUACUACUUGCUCAAAGGGGUGGUGUACCUACCGUGGCAUUUCAAGGUGUUGACAAGAUACAUAGGCCAGCUUUACACUAUUGCAGACAGUCUUGGAAGACCACUAAGGUGGCAGUGGGACGACGGUGCCACUUGCACGCAUAAAGACAGGCAAAGGUUGUUGUUUGCACCUUUCGAAAAUGUAAUUCCAGUCGAAGCAAAUGUUGGAGCAAAAUGCGGUAGUAAUGCGAGAUAUAAUUAAUCCGAUAACCGACUGCCGUAAGGCCUAACUAACCGCCAUUAGGCUCAUUUGAUUUCCCCAACGUUCCAACGUAGUUCAGUCGGAACUCAGAAAGAAGACCGCAGGAGUCGUAGUGCAACGAAGCAAGGCCAGUUUCUGAGCUGCGCAGAUUCAAAUUUCUUGACCAAGGAAAAUGGAAUCUGGAGGUUACCUGCUUUUCUUGUUCUGUCGAUGACCACAGUGUCGUCAACAUACAGCCUACCAAGCUGUAGUAGAGGAACCUUUCCUCACCUUGACGUACGAAGACAAAGUAGUCUACCGAUUGGUUCCCCUUUUUUUUUUUUCUUCUUUUAUCGGAGUGGUCUUUGCAUUGCAUCACCUUUGGAAUUGCCGUGGCCUCGCGUUCUUUCCGGGGACGAUUGUUAGGAGAGCGGUUUUCUGCUGCUUCCCGCGUUGUUUCGAGUCGUCCCGCCGUUUCGAGUGGACCUCGACGUUCACCGGAAAUCGGUGCCGGCCCGACUCGUCUGAAACGUCUGGUUCUCCCCUCGGGCUGAUGUAGAGGAAGAGCAAUACGGGGGUCGCAAAAGAUGGGGCACGCCCGAACCAGGCCUCGUGUAACAUAGUUUCCCCUGUACAUAGCAGUCCCUUCCCCCAAUCUGUCGACGAAUCUCGGAGCAGUUUUCGGACGCAUAAUUUAUGAACUCGCGAAACAUCUUUACAAUGUCUGUUUUCUCGUCUCUCGUUUUUCGUUCUCGGGGCGUCCCUUCCGCGUUGCGUUCCCCCCGUUCCUGCAAGACCAAACUCUGGUGCUCGUAAGACGUUUUUUUCCCUGUAAAUAGCGACUUCUUCGAAUCUCGGUGUUUUUAACGAAUUAGGGCGACGACGACGUUGGCGGCUGUGUUUUUUCGGAGACGCUCUACGUUUCGGUCGCGUUAACGCAAUGCUCACGUUCCCUUUCGGGCCACUCCGUUGGGAACCGGACUUUUCCGUUCCCACGUUAAACUCGUUUACGUGGACAGAGUUUGAAUCUGGAAUGGUUGUUUACACUUCUGUUCAUCUUACCUACUUUCGUUUACAAAUCAUGCUUUCACGUGUCACAAUUGUACGACGCUCCUGCAGUUUUGGUUUCCGGGUUGUAAUUCAGCAUUUAUGCUUACGUGAUUGGUUUACCGCGGGCUCUAGAAGCUGCAGGGUUGUUCCAAUCUUUCAUUUUCACGAUUUGACGGUAAAGUUUCUCAGCGUGAUUAGAGACUGCAGGAACCUUGUCACCAAACUCGUGCGAAGAGGAGAGCAUGUGGGAAGCUUGCGCAUUCGUCGUGUUUCCCACAAUCACUGCUGGAAGCAUUUAGAAGAAUCUUAGAAAUCCUCGAAAAGAUAACAUUCAGAAAUCAGGUUCAUCAACAUUCGAAUCAAUAUGAGACCCUGCGUUUAUUUCAUGCUUUGCUGUCGGAGGUGAAGACGGAACUUUAAUUUUACCCGAUGAAGCGCCUGUCCGCGGUCGGGGUGCGACUUCGAAUAUAGUCGACUUUAUGAAUGCUAGUGAGUGCUACCUAGUUCUGAAAUUUGAGGGGAAGAUGGUUGGGUGCUUUUGUUGGCACUAGUGUUUGCUCGGUAUUUUUGCGAUAUAGAUAAGAAGUUUCAAGGGUAAAUUAUACGUUCAGUUGGUUGUUGGCUUCUAGCCUCAAGUCGUUGGGUUACGAGAAUUGGAUCUGGCAAUGGCGGUUCCUCACUUUCUGUUGACAUUCUUUGUCGCGAAUCAUCCCUAGCCUGGUUAUUUUGUCGCAAACAGGACAUACUACGAGGGUUCGGUGUUUGUUCAUAAUCAAGUUCACCAUUUUUGGUUCCAUAAUAAUGUUUUCUACCCAAAGAAUCAAAUGUCUCUUGUUUUUCCAAGUGCAACAAGCUUUGUUGAAAUUGCUCAUUGCAGUGCAGGCAUUUAAAAGAACUUUAGGGUGUUGAUAAUCACGUGACAAGUCACCCCCUGAACGACUCAAACUCUCUAGACUUUGGAGUAGCCUUCUCUCAGUUUUGAGGACUUUUUAAGGUAGCAAUGGCCACAAUGAGUCUGUACUUGGAUUGUUCAGGUAUCAAAACUCUUCAUCUGAACAGUAAAAGGUACAGGCUGCGAAUAGUGAAUGACAUGACUGUGGCACAGUGCUGCAGGUUACAGGUAUGGAAAAUUGGAGUGUGACAGAGAGGUAGAAUCUGACAUUUGUGAAAGCAAUCUCGGCUGCUUUGAAAAGAAAAGUUUUGUUCUGAUCGAAAGUUGACUACCCUAGUAUUUUUUGCGGAGCAUCGUUUGUCACUCUGCUGUCAAAUAUUCUAAUCUAUUUUAUUGGAUACUCUUUGUAUCAAACAUAAACUUGUCUCUGCACAUUUUUUUUUUUUUUUUUGGUAUUUAUUGUAGGAACAGUUUUUGUGUCACUAUUUUCACUUAUUUAUGUUUUUUCCCCACUUCCACUGACUAUGUUGAUUGUUGUUGGAACCUUGCGUUAUCCUGUCUGUAAUAUUUGAAGAAGCCACAUGAACUGUGGGGAUUCAGAUUUUUGCAGAAGGUAAGAUAUACAAGGGGAUUGCAGCUAAAAACGGCCUUGUUUUCUUUGACUUUUUUUUUUUUUUUUUUUGUUUUAUGUUAGGUUAUACUUCCUGCAUCAGUUUCACUUGACUGACAUUGACAUUGAACACAUUUGUUUAUACCUUAGGUUCUGUCUCGUCAUGCUAGCUUGAACUGGCUCGGUUGUAAUAUAUGUAACGCUGCUUAAGACUGAAGCUAAUAUAAUACUCUGGAUUUUGCUGCAUCAUCACCCAGAUUGUGCGCACACGCUCACGCACACACCUCGACAUGUACAUAAAGGUUUGGUGAAUGCGAACGGCAGGAGUGUGCGCCGAGGUGCCAGCGCACUGAGAUGUGCCAAAAGUGGAACCGCCGUGUCAGCACACAUUUAUUUUUUUUCGCACGCCACUCAAACUUUGCAUUCCAUUGCGGCAUCUCGUUUCCAAGAUGGCGCCCCCGGGGGGGUCUUCCAUUGCGGGCUCCAUGACGAUGAGGUGGGUCAUGCACGCACCUUAACGCAACACUCACUGAAACGAUGAAGAUGUAUGGCUGGAAUUGUUUUGUUUCACUCGAGUCACACACGCCACACGGUUGUGAUCAGACUGGCAAUGCCAAGUCACCCCUUCCCCCCCCCUCCCCCCCUCCCAUCCCCCCCUUGACAGGCAUUCGUCGGUUUGACGACUGACUGCCAGUGUGUGUUUUACAAAUCAUUUGUGUUGAAAUAAAACUGUUGAUAUGUAUACAGUGUGGUGUUCUAAAUGUGAAGCUGCCAAAUUACAGCUUCAAGGUGUUCAACUCCAUAAUGAUAAACCCG